AUGCAUGUUCAUAAGACGCGUAUACCGAAGCGUUCAUCUAAUUCAAACCCACCUUCAUACCCAGAUAUAGAUUUACCAAAUUAUACCAAACCAAAUGAUUCAUUACCAUUAUAUAAAUCAAGUUUACAAUUUUAUGGAUUAAGUUUAAUUAAAACUGAAUUUUUAACUCCUUAUCAAGCUAAUUUUGGACCUAGAAGUUGGAAACCGGUUAUAUUAGAAUUAAAUUCAAAUCAAUUAAAUUUUUAUAGUUUGAAUGUUUCAGAUAAAUUAUUAAAAAUCAUUGUUCAUUUAUAUAAUGAGAAUAAUAAUCUUGAGACUGUAUUCCAAGAUUUAAAGAAUAAUGCCAGUGUAUCAAGUCUUUUCAAAGGGAAUAAUAGUAGUAAUGAGAGUGUGGGUGUUGAUGUUGAUGAUGAUGAAGAUGAUUCAUCGGAGUUUGAUUUAUUCGAUGCCUAUGGAAAUAAUUCUUCAACUUCAUCUUCAAGUUCAAGUAGUUGGAAAUUCUCCAAAUUUAAAACAAAUUUAAAGAAUUUAAAACAUUCUAAAAAACAACUUCAAUCCAAAUUAGAAAAGUUUUAUUCGAUCAUUAAUGAAAAUCAAUUAUUAUUUGAACCAGUUGAUAAUCAAAAAACAUACCUUAAAUUCAAAAAUCAAUAUCAAGGAGAUUUAUUAUAUUCCUAUACGUUAAUGCAUUUACAACUUGGUCAAGCUCCAAGUUUACAACAUUUAAUUUCCAUUAUUUAUAAACAAUUAUCCCUGGCUCAAGAUCCCAAUUUGAAUUUACAAGAUGAAUUAAAUUCUCGAAAAUGUCAAAAUUUAGUGAAAUAUAAAAAUACGUUACGAUUAAGAAUUGAAUAUAAACAGAUUUUAUUACAAUUUUGGUCAUUUUAUGGGAUGAUUCAUUGGUUUAGAAAGUUGACGAUUGGGAAAGAUUUAAGUCGACCAUUAGAAUCAAGAACAAUCACAAGAUUAAAAUCAAUUCCAUAUCGAUAUUUAAGUCGGAAUAAUGAAUUUUUAGCUGCUAAUGCUGCGGCAGCAAAUUUAAGAAGAAGAACAAGGGAAGAAGAAGGGGAUGAAGAAGGAGAUGAAGAUGAACCUUAUGAAGAUGAAUUUGAAAUGUUUAGAGAUGGGAUGGAGAUUUGUUUUAAUGAUUCAUUUAGAAAUGGAUCGAGAUCUACUACUUUUUAUAAAGAUAGUACAACAACUAUUACUCCUGCUAGUAAUAUUUGUCGAUGUGAAUCACCAUCAUUAGAUUCAACUUCUUCUUCAUCAUUAACUUCGAGUAGAGAAUCCUUAUUUGAUAGAAGAGAAUCAAUAUCUUCCACUAAUACAUCAAUUCAAUCAUUAACUCCACCACCUCCAUCAUCAUCACAAACACCAUCAAAAUCAAAAUCAAAAUCACAAUCAUCCUCAUCAAUAUCAUGUCGUUAUACUAUCAAUUUACAUAAUCUUAAAUUCAUUUGUUAUGAAAAAUAUUUUUCAAAUUUGGAGAAACAAUAUAUUGCCAAUUGUAUGCCUGAUUUAAAUUCAUUUGAUAAAUGGGAUGGAAGAAAUGUGACGAUAAGUAGUUUCAAUCGAUUUGCAAAUGAUGAUGAUUCCAUGUUGAAUGGCGAAGAUUUAUUCAUUGGAUAUAAUUCAUUAUCGCAUUUAGUGUCAAGUUUUGAUAAAUUAACUUUAAAAACCAUGAAACUUGGCAACAGUACCAAUCAUAAUCAUAAUCAUAAUCAUAAUCAUAAUCAUAAUCAUGAUCAUGAUCAUGAUCGUGGUUGUCGUACAUUUUUAAUCCAUCAAACUGGAUUGGUUAGUGUGGCGUUAAAGUAA